AUGAGAAAUCAUACAUCAGUACCAACAUUCAUCCUGAUGGGGGUGACAAAUGACCCAAAAUUACAAAUUGUUGUUUUGAUAUUUUUAUUUCUCACCUACUCUUUGAGUGUGGCUGGGAACCUGACAAUUAUCACCCUCACACUUUUGGAUUCCCAUCUCAAAACUCCCAUGUAUUUUUUCCUCCGAAAUUUUUCUUUCUUAGAAGUCUCAUUCACCUCUGCUUGUAUUCCCAGAUUCCUAUACAGCCUGACAACUGGAGACAAAACUGUUACCUAUAAUGACUGUGUCAGCCAGUUAUUUUUUGUUGUCCUCUUUGGCGCAACUGAAUUUUUUCUCCUUGCGGCCAUGUCCUAUGAUCGUUAUGUGGCCAUCUGCAAGCCCCUACAUUACAUGACCAUUAUGAACAACAAGGUGUGCACAAGACUUGUCCUCUGUUGUUGGGUUGCUGGUCUGUUGAUUAUCCUCCCACCUCUUGGUGUGGGUCUCCAGCUGGAAUUCUGUGACUCAAAUAUUGUUGAUAGUUUUGCAUGUGAUGCAUAUCCUAUUCUACAGGUAACCUGCUCAGAAACAGUGAUUAUAGAAAAAGUUGUUUUGGCUUUUGCUGUGCUAACACUGAUUACUACCUUACUAGGUGUGGUUCUCUCCUACACAUACAUCAUCAGCACAAUUCUAAAGUUCCCUUCUGCCCAACAAAGGAAAAAGGCCUUCUCCACCUGUUCUUCUCACAUGAUUGUGGUCUCCAUGACCUAUGGCAGCUGUAUCUUUGCCUACAUUAAGCCGUCAGCAAAUGCAGGAGUAGCCCUUAAUAAGGUGGUGGGUCUGCUCACUACUUCAGUUGCCCCUAUGCUUAACCCAUUCAUUUACACACUUCGAAAUAAGCAAGUGAAGGAAGCCUUCAAAGAUACAGUAAAAAGGAUUGCAUUUCUCACAAAAAAGUAA